AUGUGGCUCAUCAUUUUUAUGAGCAAAAUAUGUGUUUUUCUGUAUCAUUUACGAGCAGUAAACAUCUCUGAUCGGACUGAUUCUGCUUUAGUUUUCCUUCAUAUUUCCGCAUUCACCAGAUACUUUUAUUUCUAUUUCGGAUCUGCUACUCCUUUGGCUUCAACUGUGGAGAGGGGUUUUGCAACACUUUUCUUAUCAAGUUACGAACAGUCGCCACAGCUUCCAAUCUUAGUACUGAUCAUUUCGAUGAACCUUUUACUAGCAUUGUUUUUCACAAUUCUUACUGUAUUCUUCGAGAUUCCAUUCAGUUUCGUCAUUGUCGUUCCAUUUGCCUACUUACUCAUCUGCUUCACCUUGAUUAGUGUUCUCUACAAAUUCAAUCUGACCCAAUUCUACAAAUUGAACAGAUAUCAUAGAGAGCAGUACACAUUGAGCAGCAGAUUUCAACUCAAAGAAAAUAUCAGAGUGCUAUCCCUUCUGAUGAAAAUGAUCUAUGCUGUCAUAGGAUUCAUUGGGAUCAUUCUAGCGGGAUUCACUCUACCAAUCCUUCUGAAAUUAAACUAUUUGACAAGCGAUGUUAUGAGGACAAUCGUUGAUUUAGUGGUUCAUUGUAAUCCAUUAAUUGUGAUUCCGAUGACAACACUCUUCAUUCCUGAAUUCAAGAAACAAGCAAAGGCAGCAAUGUUCAAAAGAAUGCCGCUGGCAAGAAGUAGUGUGGAUUCUCGCUAUAGAAAUUAUCGAGAAGAUCCCAAUCAAGCUGAUGUCUACUUUGAUCUUUUCAAAAAGUCAAUCAAGAAGAAUAAUUCUACGGAUAGUCUUUCACCGCCUAACCAAAUUAACUGA